AUGAUGAAACAGUAUUCAGUUUUGCUUUUUACCUUAAUCUAUGUUUUUAUGGUGCCAAGUAUCUUAGCUCGAUCCGUGAGAAAUGAAACCAACUAUGAAGAAACUGAUGACAAAAUAGCCCAACUGGGAAUAACUUCAACAAGGAGAAAACUGCAACAAUGUGCAGCAGAAAACCUAAUCGACAAGUGCUGGAGGUGCAAGCCCGACUGGGCACAAAACCGGCAAGAAUUAGCCAAAUGCGCACUUGGUUUCGCAAAAGGAACCACCGGCGGCCAAGGUGGUGAAAUCUACAUUGUCAUUGAUCCUUCAGACGAUGAUGCGGCAAAUCCAAAGACAGGGACCCUCCGCUUUGGUGUCAUCCAAAAUAAACCUUUGUGGAUCACCUUUGAAAAAGAUAUGAUCAUCAGUUUGAAACACGAGUUGGUAAUAAAUAAAGACAAGACAAUUGAUGGUAGAGGUGUCAAAGUUGAGAUUGCGAAUGGUGCCGGUUUCAUCCUUCCAAACAUCACCAAUGUGAUCAUUCAUGGGAUCCACAUGCAUGAUAUUAAAGAAACCGAAGGGGGGUUGAUCAAGGCUGUGGAGGAUAAACCGGCAGGGCCGAGACAUAAGACUGAUGGUGAUGGUAUCACCAUACAUGGUUCUUCCAAGAUAUGGAUCGACCAUUGCUCCCUCAGUAAGGGUGUCGAUGGGCUCAUUGAUGUCACCUUGGGUAGCACAGAUAUAACGGUUUCCAAUUGCAAAUUCACCCAACACCAAAAAGUCAUGUUGUUUGGGUCUGACGACAAAUAUCUACAAGACAAAAAUAUGCAAGCUACUGUUGCAUUCAACAUGUUCACUGAUGGAUGUGACCAAAGAAUGCCUAGAUGUCGAUUAGGGCUUUUCCAGGUUGUUAACAACAAUUAUGACCAAUGGGGAUUCUACGCCCUCGGUGGCAGCGCGGCCCCAACAAUACUCAGCCAUGGCAACAGAUUCUUUGCCCCCAAUGACCCUAUAAAAAAAAAUGUCGUGAGGAAAUCUGAUGCACCAGAGGCAGAGUUGAUGACAUGGAACUGGAGAUCACAAAAAGACUCUCUUGAAAAUGGAGCAAUCUUUGUGCCAUCCGGGUCUGAUCCGACGCUAACCCCUGUACAACAAGGCCUCAUGAUUCAAGCUGAACCAGGGGAAUCUGUUCCAAAGCUCACCAGUAAUGCUGGUGCACUAUCAUGCGUGCCCGGACAACCUUGUUAA